AAGUAGCUUUCUGGUGACAGAGAGGACCAUAAACGGCGAUCGAGGUGGAGGCGCAGGCGGAUUAGUGCCAGCGCCAGGCAGGCGGGUUGUUUGUGAUUAACUGCUGCUGGGGAACUGGGGUAUGGAGAUGUUGCGUCGCUCCUCAGUAUUCGCGGCAGAAGUGAUGGAAGUAUUUGACCGCUCCCCCACAGACAAGGAGCUGGUGUCACAGGCGAAGGCUCUAUGCAGGGACUACAUCCAUUCCAGGCUGAACAGGACCGGGAUUGGGUGGUCGAAGGCCGAGCAUCAGCUGUCGGCAUCAGGUGGGACGCUUGGAGAGAUCUCCUCUGUCCUCAUGUGGUUAGGUGAUGAGUUGGAGUACCUGCGGCCCAACAUCUACCGUAACGUAGCUCGUCAGCUGAACAUCACCGUUGCGUCUGAGAGCGUGGUGUCUGAUGCCUUCCUGGCUGUGGCUGCAGAGAUCUUCUCCACCGGUAUAACGUGGGGGAAGGUGGUGUCCCUGUAUGCGGUAGCCGGUGCCCUGGCGGUGGACUGCGUGAGGCAUGGUCACCCAGCCAUGGUCCACACCAUCGUAGACUGCAUGGGGGAGUUUGUCCGCAAGAGCCUGGUCUCCUGGUUGAAGAAGAGAGGAGGCUGGGCUGAUAUCACAAAGUGCGUGGUGAACACGGACCCCAGCUUCCGCUCCCAUUGGUUGGUGUCUGCUACCUGCGCCUGUGGACAUUACCUGAAGGCCAUGUUGUUUUACCUGCUCCGGGACAAGUGACGACGGAGGACGAGUUGAAUCACGGCCACACGAUGGACAAUCUGCCCCAUCCGUCAGUGUAGGACAGCAGAGCCUUAUCCUGGUCCCAGAUCUGUUCGAGCUCCUGACAACUCUAUUGCUGUCGUUGUCAAGCUAAACAAGUUUUUUUGUUUGUGUGUUUUACAUCAAGGAGUUUUGUCAGGACAAAAGUGAGUGACAAGGAGUUGUCAUGACAGCCCAAACAGACUGGCACUCGGCCAACCGGCGUCUGUCUGAAGAGGCAGCCAUCCCUCCUCUAGAGUUCUAGAUGUGUUGUUUGUUUACACCUGCAGACGUUUGCACUGAAUCUGCCACUGACGAGCACCUCGGGCCUCUUCACAAACAAAUUAAACAAACGCACUGGUAUUGGAACAAUCACCGUGAAUAAGCUUGUUAAGCCACGUCUGCUUUGAAUUUAGGUGUUUACGAUUUAGCUUGACAGUAUUAUUGUGACGUAUCAUGUACAGAUUGUCCAGCUGUAUUGUGAGGUAGUAGCCUAUAUACAUACUGAUCCAUAGCGUUAACAGUUGACUUGAAUGGGAAUUCCCAUUCUAGUUAUUCUAUAUCUAGAUCUCUGUUUUUCUAUAGCUCUCUCUCUCUCUUGUCACAUUCCUUGCUUUUUUUAUGCUCACAUAGACUGGUUAACUGACAACGUCACACACAGACACACACACACACACACAAAACACACGCACCCCCUUCUAAGAGGCAGAAGGACGUGUGUUGUGAUGGUCAGAUAGCUGGCAACAAUGAAAAUAAACUGCCAUGUAAGUGGCUCGUUUUGAUCUUGUUCUUGAUACCAUGUCUUGUUUUGAGGUGAUGUUACAUCUAUGCUAAUUUGACUAAUAUUUGCUAGCUAGCGGGCUAAUCAACAACUGUAACGAUGUAUUUGAGAGACAACAAGUGCUCAUUGUGCAACUUUAUUUAUGUUUUCAAUAAAUAUUUUAGAUUAAAUAUAGUUUACAUGUUGUUAACCAUCUAAGCCAACCUUGUCUGUUUUGACCCAUAGUUGUGCAUGCAUUGAUUUUGUUGCUAAGCAACCAACCCAUUAUUUACUCCUGGGCAAAUAUUCCAUUUAAAGCAAUGGAAUAUUUGAGUUUCAUUUUUGCACAUACUGUAUGUCAAGUGAAGUGUGGAUAUGGCCCGGACAGAGUGGGAGAAUCUCAAUUGCGAUUUCCCUUGAUUCCUCACGUCCCCUCUCCUCACCUACUCAAAACCCAUUGGAUGACCAAGUCAGAGAGGCGGGACCUCUGACCUUCUAGUCUAAAUGAAGCCCCUAGUAGCUGGAAAGAAGAAUGACCAGAAAAAACACAGGAAGAGACUGUUGUGAUUUUAGGAUCUCUAGAUUGAUAAUGGUCAGAUGAAUGAAAAGGAUAACGGACUUCACUAAGUGAAAUAAUGAUCAAUUCCUCAGUUUGGAUGGAAAUAUAGUUUUGAUUAUAAAGCUUGUUUGCAUGCUUCAUGUCUGGGCUUGUAAGUAAGCAUAUCACUGUAAGGGGUUUUACUCGGUUUGAUUUAUGUGACGAGUGUGUGGAUUUAUAUCAGUCCCCCAGUUAGUGUGUGUGUGUGUGUGUGUGUGGGGGGUACUGUUUUUGUAGAAUAUUGAGAUAUUAUGGAUCACUCCAUUGUCUGAAACUUAAAAUCCCAUUCAGACAUUUUUUUUUGCCUGUUUUAUUCCACAAGUUAUUUUAAUUUCAUGAAUAACUUUCACAGUAGCUUACAUAUAUUAUAUGCAACACUGAGUGUCAUUUCAGAAAAUAAAAUGUUUUAUACUUCAA